GUUGAGAUCAGAAUUUCCGCACUUUUUAUUCAAUACUGUGCAGCAUCCCGCGACCUUCCUAUUCUUUCGAUUAAUUCUUUGGUGGAUAGCAGAACAGACAACAGGGAUAGAUUAGAAUUUAGAAAGAAUUUUCGUUUCUCUUUUGAUUGAUUUGUUGACCAUUUCACGAUGAUUUUGGCGUGAUUUCUUCUUAUGACUCGUUAUUUUCAGACCUUUUAGAUAUUGCUUUUUGCUCUAUCUUUUGUUUGAUUUUUAAUCGAUUCACCAAUCGACCGACCCUCCCUUCUUUACUGGUAACUGGUAAGGUCUUCUUCACCUUCAUAUCAUUCGUUGACUCAGCAAUUCCUCUCCCCCCUCAUCGCCUUGUCUGUUUCCACUCCUCCAACGUUUCCGUCCUGUUUCUAGUUUCUUCUUUCCAAUUGACCACUAAGACGAUGGCUAAUUUACUCUUCCACUCCUAUCUAUUAUCCCAGCUGAUCCAUGGGGAUUCUUAGAGAACGAGAACUAUGCAUGGAAUUUCGUCUGAUUAUUAGAGGGAGAGGAUUCAGGUAAACGUGGAUGCAACCAAUGUUUCACAUGGAUUAGAUUGUUUUGAUUGGUUUUCCACCAGAACUCGCAGGAAUUUCUUCUUGUGCUAUCUGCUUGAUCUCGGUUUUGUGAGGCAUUAAUUCCCGGUCGCCAUCUUCUCCUCGUCUUGUUUUUUUUUUUUUUUUUUUUUUGUCUCAGCGCAGGGACCAAAUUCAUUAUCCUCGUACGUACAAUUUGUUGGAUUUGUUUUUAAAUAAAUUUCAUUCCUUUAAGUUCUGCAUUUCUCAUCUAAGUUUCCAAUUCCAAUAAAACCCCCCAUAAUUUAUCCUGCUUCCAGCUCAUGACUGAAAUGUAUGAUCAAAGAGAGAAUGUCCCUAAAUAAAUUUAUUCUCCAAACCCACUAGAAAUUCAGAACCCGCUCCCCUGUUCUUUUUUCUACAAAAGAAAAUCGAUAGUAAUGGGUUGCGCAAGCUCCAAGCAAUCUCAUCGGCGGUGCCGCCACUGCGGAAGAAGCCCAUCGCCUCUCCCCCGUAGCUACUCGGUGCCCAGCCACCAGCCUUCCCCGGGCAGAAGAGAGAGCUAUCAAGUCGUCGCCCUCACCUCCCACACACUGGGUUCUCUCAAGCUCGACUACUCCAACCAUCCAUACCAGGAUGCCUACAACGCUACAAGCACUGAGAAUUACAUCAUCAACGACAAGAACUACAAUAAGGACAGCAUUAUCGUCAAUGGAAAUGGCAACAUAAACAGAAAAGAUAUCGACGAUGCCAUCUACGACGACAACUGCAAAAGUAUGGAUUUCGCCACGGGUAUCACCAAAGCCAAGACCUGGUCAGAAAUGAUCAAUACGAAAAUCCCCAAGAUCAUGCCUAAGACGCCCACUAGAACACCACCCGGCGAACCAGAGACCAUCAACACAUGGGAAUUGAUGGAAGGCUUAGAAGACGCAAGUCCACUCCGCCUCCCCCAUCUCGUCGACCGUUCCUUCUCUUUCCACGCCGUCCCCAACAAGACCGAUUCGCCCGAUGUUUCCAGGUCGACGAAGCUACAGGAAAAUGGGAAGACGUCGCCGAAACCGCUGUGGCUUCAGUUAUCGGAGGAUGCCAAUUCCGAUUCCAAUUCCAAUUCCGUCAUCUCUGAUUUCGAUCCGGAAAUCAUAUCCACAUUCAGGAAAGCCCUGGAAGAGCUGUCCCCGACGGACCCUUUUGACCUCCGACUGCCGGAGCCCGAGAAGAAGACUUCCUCCUUCCAUAAUCGACAGUUGCUGCUGUCAGAUGGCAAGGUGGUAACGGCCACGGGCGGGUGCCCGCCAGGUGGAGGUGGGGGGGACAAGGUGGUGGUUUACUUCACGAGCCUGAGAGGGGUGAGGAAGACGUACGAGGACUGCUGCCACGUGAGGGUAAUCCUGAAGGGUUUCGGGGUUCGAGUGGACGAGAGGGACGUGUCCAUGCACUACGGGUUCAGGGAGGAGCUGAAGGAGUUGUUGGGAGAUGGCUUCGAGGGUGGGCUGCCGAGGGUGUUCGUAAAGGGCAGGUACAUCGGCGGGGUCGACGAGGUACGGCAGAUGCACGAUGACGGAGUUCUCGAGAAGAUUCUACAAGAUUGCGAGGUGGUAGGCGACGAUGGUGGUGGUGGUGUAUGCGAGGCUUGUGGUGAUAUAAGGUUCGUGCCAUGUGAGAGGUGUUGGGGAAGCUGUAAGAUCUACUACGAGCAAGGGAUGGGAGAUGGGGAGGAAGGAGAAUGUGAGUGUGGGUUUCAACGCUGCCCUGAUUGUAACGAGAACGGCAUCGUACGUUGUCCUGUUUGCUGCUGCUGCUGCUCUUAGUAGUUAGUUCUCUCUCCCUCUCUACCUCUCUUUUGUAUGUUAUAGUUUGUUGUACUCAGGAAUUUUGAGAACGGAAUGCAUAUAAAAACUAAUUAGAUCUACUGAUACCACAGGAGAUGGAAAAAAGAAAAAAUUACAGAGUAGAUUGCAUUUUGGUAUUCAAUCCAUGGCUGGCUAGUAAGCAUAGGUUUUGUGGCAAAGUAGUCUUUUUUCCUUUUUCGUUUUUAUUUUUAUUUUUUGGGCUUUUGGUUUUAUAUAUGUUGGAUUGUUGAAGAAGAUGAAUGAAACAGUAGUACAGUAUGCAAUAUCAAUCCAUAAAGCAUAUGAACUUAAUUCCGGCUUCUUCAUUUA